AUGAAUAGCAAGAAACGGAGCAGGAGUGGAAAAAGCGAAUGCAUGACUUUGCCACUUGAAAAAACGGAGCUCCUUAUUGAGAACAUCCACAAUCUGAGGAACGCAAUAGCUCUUUAUAGGAAGGAACUCCAGGAGAAAAACAAAUACAUUAGUGAUGUUAAGGCAGAUUUGACUUUUUAUGAGUGCUUGCUGAGGAAUGUUAAUGUCGUGUGGCAUGUUUUCAAUGAUGAUUUGUUGAGAUUGGCAGGGGGAGGUGUGGAGGAGGAGGCUACUGGUGAUGGGCGAUGCGAUGGGGGGGGAGUUGGCGCACUUGGCGGUGUUUGUGGUGUUGGCGACGUCUGUGGAGAUUGCCAAGAUAAAGGCGACUCCCGGUGUGAUGGAGGGGGGCACCCUCAACAACCUACGUGGCAAUGUGAAAAAGCUGCCCCCCCCUACUACGAUGUGGAGCAGUUUAAAAGGAUUUUUUUAAAAUACGUGAGUAAGCAUAAGAAGGAGAACGAGGAAGAGGAGGAGGACUCCGAUUUUUUUAAUUCUCCAUCGGAGGAUGACGCUUGUGGGGAAGAGAACAGUCAAAUGGAGGAGGGGGAACUGCCCAAUGGGAGUAGUACACUAAAGGGGGAAUCCUUCCCAAGCGAUUUGAAAAGAAGCCAAGAGGGUAACGAAGCGAUGUAUGGAACGGAGAAGGAUCGAAACAGAAGACAACCGAAUGAGUUGUCAUCGUCGAAAGGCACAAAGGGAAGUAUUAUGGAAAGCGACACGGGGAGUGGAAAAAUGGAACAACUUGGAGAAGGAGCUCAUAGCGGCAUGAAGGACCACAUGAAGGGGGAAGACCUCUCCAAUGAUGAAGACAACGGGAAGAGGAUGUAUCUAAGUUCAAAGGAGGAAAUAAACUUCGACGGCGCGUUGAAAGGGGGGGUGGAGCGGUCGGCUGGUACGCAAGCAGCUCGCCAAACAGACCGCUCCCCCCCCACCGAUGUCAAGGUAAAGAGGGAACGUGGCGAGUCAGGUGAAGGAGCGGCCCAGGGAGCAGCCGGAGAAGCAGCCAAAGAAGCAGCCGAAGGAACAGGGAGGGAAGACCUCGCCGCAGAUCUACGGAACGGAAGCCCACUGGAUCGUAAACUACAAACGGUCUUCUUAACCAACAUGAAGAAGACCAUCACUGUGCUAAACAGAGUGUUAGACUCCCCAAAGAGGGUCAUCCCGAAUUACAGCAAAGAAUACGUGAGAAAAUUGCAUUACGAGAAGAAGCUGUACUAUGAGAAGUUUAUAAGUGAGAAAAAGAAGAGGGACGAAAUGGAGAGUAAGUGUGAUGAACUGAGGAUAGAGUUGGAUCGAUUGGAAAAGAAGAAGACGGCUCUCCUUUUUAAAUUGAACAAUGAGAGUAUCUGUAACAGCAUUUUGGAAGAGGAGAACACCAUGGAGAGCUUGGCGAAGGAGACGCUAAGUGGGGGGUGCACCAAAGGGGAAGACACAGGGCAACGUAAUCAGAUUGGCAUCGCGUGGGAGAAGUGCGGCUUUCUCAGUUACUCCACUGGGAGGGCAGGAAAAACUGCGGUGAAAGGUGAAGGUGGGGAGGACGUCGUAAGAGGGGACAGCACCAUCCUCGGAAGCGGAAAAAAGGACGCCGCUGAUCGUGGCUGCCUCUCCGGGGAGCACCCCGCGACGCCAUGCUUUCUCCACUUCGACAAAGUCAUAACGAAGGAGAAGAUACUUCACAGCGAACCGUUCAGGAAACUCAUCAAAGAGUCCACCGAAGUGUAUAAAGAGCUCAAAGAAAGAGAAGGCGAAAUUGUGGUAUUAAAAAAUGAACUUUUAAAAAGAGAGCAAAUGCGAGAUGAGGAAUACGAGAAUCUACUUAACGACACCAUGAAUGAUAAGAAGUGCUUGUCAGGUAAAAUAAAAAAUCUGGAAGUCGACCUUAUGACGUGCAGUAUGGAGAGGGAGAAGAUGCAAAGAAAGGUGAAUAUGCUGGAGCAUGAAAUUAAGACCUUGAAGGGCAUCGAAGCGAACCAUGUAAUGCAGCUGGAGCAGAAGGAGAAAGAUAUUUGUCGAAUGAGAGUUUCCAUCGAUAAGUUAAAGGUAUCGGAGAGUACAUUACGAGAGAGGAUUAUUUCCUUAGAAACUGAAGCCGCCGUAGGGGAAACAAUGCUCAAUGGGACAUGCGACGAAUUGGUAGCCGUGCCAGGAGGAGAUCUACACAGCGAACUGAUCGCGGAGAACAAACAACUGAGGCGCGCUCUGGAAAAAAAAGAAAAUGCAGAAAAGGAACUAUCCAUAUUGAGAAAAAACUACGAUGCAAUGAGCGAAGAAAUAGAAGAGAUAACGAAAGAAUUUGAAAAAAAACAGGAACAAGUGGAUGAAAUGAUUAUCCAAAUAAAAAACAAAGAAUUCGAAUCUUUGGAAAAAUACAAAAACAUAAUGAAUAAAACAUACGUAGAAGAGAAUAUCAAGCAACUAGAACGGACAUAUGAGGAGAAAAUCUCCUCCAUAAAUCGAUUAUACGAAAAAUAUGAAAAUUUUGCAAACUUAUAUUUGUCAUUGUUUUACUAUGCCAGAAGAAGUGCUGUCAUUUCGGACAGUGCGCAUGAAGAGCAGAUGAGUUUGUUCGUUAAAAUGAAAGACAAGUGUGAAUCGAUAUUCCAGAGGAAGAAUGAACUAGAGGAGAUUCUCCGAACAGUCUAUGGUUCGAAUAGGAAGCUAAUAGAUAAAUGCAUUGCGCUGUAUAGGGAAAAUCAGCACCUGGAACAAGUCGCUACCUCCAGUAAAGGCAGAAAAAAUCCGAAAGAUGCUUCCUCCAAAGGGGAGGGGAAGGAGAAGGAAGAAGAAGAGGGAAAGGAAGCAAAAGAAGUAAAACACGAGGUAGAGGAAGAGUUGGAAGACAAGCAGUUACUAAUCGAAGAGAACAAUGAACUACGCAGACGGCUAAUGUGCAGUGUCUGCAUGGAGAAUUUCAAAAAUCAUAUCAUCGUCAAGUGUGGCCACAUAUAUUGUGAGAGCUGCAUUUUUAGUAAUCUGAAAACUCGGAACAGGAAGUGUCCCCAGUGCAAAAUCCCCUUCGAUAAGAAGGACCUGCAGAAGAUUUUCCUCGACUGA